UGAGCCAGCCUCUCCUGCCGCUGGGCCUUUGAGGUCUUCACCGAUCCUUGGCCGUCAGUUUCUGCCUCCAACUCCCUCCAGUCUCCAGCAUGCCUGGUCCGACUCCCAGUGGUACUAAUGUGGGCUCGUCAGGGCGCUCUCCCAGCAAAGCGGUGGCUGCCCGGGCGGCCGGAUCCACGGUCCGGCAGAGAAAAAAUGCUAGCUGUGGAACAAGGAGUGCGGGUCGCACGACCUCAGCAGGCACAGGGGGCAUGUGGCGAUUCUACACUGAAGACUCCCCUGGGCUCAAGGUUGGCCCUGUUCCAGUAUUGGUUAUGAGUCUUCUGUUCAUCGCUUCUGUAUUUAUGUUGCACAUUUGGGGCAAGUACACUCGUUCAUAGAUUCGGCUACAUCCAUCUGUCUGUCAUCUGAAGAAGAAGGAAAGAAACCCAGCAUAUCUUGGACCAAAA